CUCGCCGCGGAAAGAUGCCUGGCGUCGACAAGAAUCCCUUUGAGGACGACGAUGGAGGAGGCGCCAAUCCCUUUGCGUUCGCGCAGGCUGGCCCCAGGCUGCCGACGCUCGCCGCGGAGAGAUUCACCUCUUCUCGCGACGCGACCGACGAAAUACCUCUUUCCGAUCGCUCGGAGUCGAUCCGGAAGAAAGAACGGGAGCUCAAAGAGAAGGAAGAACAGCUGACCAGGCGUGAGCAAGAGCUGCGAAAGCUGGAAGCACAAGCUGCGCGAGCUGGAAUCUUUCUAGAGGAGAAGAACUGGCCUCCCUUUUUCCCGAUCAUCCGCCAUGACAUUCGUCGCGACAUUCCAUUGCAUCUUCAACGCCUACAGUACAUGGCUUUCGCGAGCUGGCUCGGCUUCGUGUUGUGCCUCGCGUGGAAUUUCAUCGCUGUCUCGGGAGCUUGGGCUCACAAAGCCGUCAGCUCCUCCUACGGUGUCCAAAUCUGGUUCCUCGCGAUCAUUUACAUGCUAGCUGGAAUUCCCGGAUCGUAUGGACUGUGGUAUCGACCUCUGUACAAAGCAAUGAGGAGCGACAGUGGCCUGCGGUUUGGAUGGUUCUUCCUCUGCUAUCUGGUCCACAUUUGCUUUUGCAUCGUCGCGUCAAUUGGACCCCCUAUCGUCUUCAAGGGGAAGUCCCUUGCGGGUAUCUUGCCAGCGCUGCAAGUGUUUAGCAACACGGUUGGAGUCGGGAUCCUCUAUCUCGUCGGCUUUGCUCUCUUCUGCUUGGAAACGUUGCUGUGCAUCUGGGUACUCCAGCAAGUGUACCGCUACUUCCGAAACAGCGGAGCGGCGGCGGAGUCCAAGAGGCAAUCCGGCGGAGCUUAAAAACUGCUCGUUCACUUCUUUGUCAGUUUUGCAGAAUGUCAAGGUAUCGUUUGCGAUUUU